UAUCAUAUUACCUAAGCACCACGGAGCGCCAUUGUUCCUUUGGCGCGAAACGCGAGCUGUCCGCACUUUUCUCCCUGUCGAGUUACUUACCAGCUUCACGCGGUCAUCAUCGUCUGUGACGACGACGACGACGACGACAGCCUUCAGCUCGCUGACUUUUCGAUAAACACAGGACAUUUUCACUUCUUGGGUUCGUAUUCUGCAGCAGUCCGCUCGUUCACACUCUCGUACCGUACCGUAUCGUAUUGGCUCUCAUGCCUGCCUCAAUCUCGCCGCUCGCUCUCCUUGUUCCCCGCCCUCAGAUCCCGGCGAACCACGCCUCUCCUUCGACUCCUACUGGGCACCGUGUUUCAGGCCUGUCUUCCCUGCCGCACACGCCUCAGCGCAGCCCCGUCGCUUCUCACAUAUUCAUCUCGCCCCCCUCCGCGCACAGAAACAGCACCGAUUCAUGGAACAGUUCUAACUAUGACCUAGAGGAUCCCGCUGCAGUAUGGAAGGACGAGGAGGUCCGUUUACUCUCCAGGACCCUCGAUGCACUUCCUGCACAUCUCAUCACGCCCUUCAACGGUCCAGUCCCGCCUUCUAACCUCCUUGACAAGAUCGCACGUGGUAUCUCCGCAGCCAAAGGUCCCAAUGACUGGCCGCAUACUGUUCGUGCAACCCGCAUCAAACUCCUCGAGUUGGCGCGCGUCAAGGCGCGGGAAGAACGUUAUGCCAAUCUACAUGAACAGGUCGACAAUACAACCCGUAGUUCUAGUGCCAGCAAGAGCGAGAAACGCUCGCGCACUCCGGAUCCCUCAGAAGUGCUUCAACAGCGAACGAAUACGCCUCUAGGAGUUCGCCGACCACUUUACAGACAGUCCAGUAUGGACUUCAUGAGUCCGCUUGGUUUGGACAAGCACGAAAGCAUUACACGCCUCUCAAGCCGCUUCCAAUGGCAUGACCGGACAUUACACCAUCCGUAUCAUCGACCCGCCCAUCUUCGCCACCGGUCCGAGCAUGCUAACGCUCGCAGUUUUUCACCAUCCACCCCUAGCUCCUCGACCCUCAAUUCAAAUAAUAUAUUUUGCCUUCGCAAGUCCACUGCUUCUGCGACGUCAGCUUCUACUUCGUCGUUCGGGUCCCCCAUGUCACACUGCGCGCCUCUUCGUCCUUCGUCGCUUAGACGUGCGUCGACUGCUACGCUUGCAAGUAUUAGCGACGCGCACGAGGACUCUGCAAAAGGUGUAGUAAUGGACCCGGCUUUCAAUCUCAAUGGAAAAGCCGCAGCAGGUACCAAAGGUUCUCCUAAGUUCGAAUGCGCAACGGCGUACGGCGGGGGUAAGGACCAAUCACCCGCUCCCGUUGUCCUCGCGACUCCAUCCAAACCCAAGAUGUCAACAAAGAUGAGCAGCACCAAGAAGCUAAGAGUCAGUGAUGUUACCAAGGAAGUGCAUCUGACCCGCCCCACCGUCGAUGGCCCCACGACCCCGCGGACUCCACUCCCUGAGUCGCGAGUUGUGACCGAACAGAAGUCGACCCCCAGUGGUACGAUCUCUCCCGCCAACGUGAGGAAGGCCCGCAAGGGGCACAAGCCCCAGCUUUCGCUGUCUUCCGAUGAAGAAUAUCAGGAACGCCUGAAGACCGCAAAAAAGCCGCGGACACGUGAGCCUUCAUGGACUGCUUUACUUGCUUCUCCACUUCCUACGCAGCCGCUUUUCGUCUCCCCUUACUAUGCGACGCGCCGUCCUAAACCCCUAUCUACGGCCGGAAAUGAGCUUAGCCGCAAUUCUGAGACUUGGACUUCCGAUUCGUCUCGUAUGUCCACAGACAAUGAUUUGUCCACUGGGAGCACGGAUACGGCACCUACAUCUGUCUCUUCUGCGUCGCAAGGAAAGCACAAGACCCCCAAAGUUGACGCGCACACUCACAUCCAAUCGCCCAGCCAGAAGAAACCUGCACGCAGAAACCUUGCCCGUAACCCGUCGAUGUUUGGUCCUGAACUUCCUCACCCUCAGAAAACGCCUGAGUCUCCUGCACGCAUUCCACUAUCUUCACCCAGAGCUAUUUCCCCGCCCACGUCUCCUUCCACCGCUCCUCCUGUGACACCGGCACUCACGUCUACACCCUCACUGUCCCCCGCGUGCUCACGUCCCCGCACACUCAAACGUGCUGCUCGUAGGAUUGAGUUUGGCAAUAUCCAGCCCAGUCCUAGGGAGGACAUGCGGAAGGAAACCAGUGGAAAUAUGAUGCUUGGUAGUGCUUUCCAGCUUGGGUGAGCGUUAUCUGCGAGCGUGCACCAGGAAGAGCAGGCUCUCUUAUCCAUCUUGCAAAAUUUAAACCUUGUUUGCUUCUUUGAUCUCCUAAAUUUUUAUUGCG